AUGACGUCCGACCAGGAAGAUACCGGAGCUGCGGAAAUUCAUCCAAACAAACGGAUUAAAACCCUAACCCGAAGUUCACCUGAAUCCUCGCCGUCCUCAUCCGACAAAGGCAAAUCAAAGCUCGAAGUUUCGGAUUGGGAAAACGAAUGGAAUUGCUGUGGAAUUUGCUUGUCUGAAAGUGGACAUGGCACGGGCACGAUCAUCAGAGGUUGUAUCGAUUGUUGCGACCAUUACUUCUGUUUUGUGUGUAUAAUGGAGUGGUCUAAGGUUGAGUCCAGAUGUCCCAUGUGUAAACGCCGUUUCUCCACCAUCCGCCGCCCUCCUAAACCUCCCGUUUUCCCUUCCGAACGCGUUGUUAAUGUUCCUGUCCGCGAUCAGGUUUACCAUUACCUAGGAAAUGCAACAACUGGACCGCGGGAUCUAUACGAAGAAGUGCAAUGUUACGUGUGCCAUAGCACGGCCGAUGACAGUCUCCUGCUGUUGUGCGACCUUUGUGACACUGCUUAUCAUACUUACUGUGUUGGCCUUGGUGCUACUGUACCUGAGGGUGAUUGGUUUUGCGCAGACUGCUCACUUCUGAAGGCUGAACAGGCUCAGGGUGAGAUCAAAACUGAUUGUGAUACUCAAGCUAGUUUCGGUGACCACUGUUUAGCAGAACCAGCAAGACAUGUAUCUAUAUAUGAAAUUGUACGAGAGUCAUACACUCCAACUGCUUCCUUGGAUGCUACAGACAAUUCAUCUCGUACUGAUACUGGAAGGCAAAGUACUUCUCAAAGCAGCUCGAUUGGGUUAGGCUCGCUAGGACAAAAUGCUGUUGCAAGACAUGCCAAUAAGUUCAAUGCCAGAACACUGGGGCAUUGCCGCAAUGUCCAUGAUAAGAUUCGCACAUUGCGUAAACAUUGGAAUGGUUUUCGAAGUGGAUCCUUGACAUUCUCUUCUAGCAAAAUGAGUAAUGCUAGUAUUGCCAAACAAAAACCAGUGCAGGGCAGCUGUUCUGGUGAACGGCCUUUAGUAUCUUGCUCGAGUCAACCAAUGACAUCACAGUCUCUUGAUCAAAAUAAACUGGACAGUAAAGGUUCAAUAGAGGUGGAGAAGGCGUGGAAAAUGAUGAAUAUGGCCAAGGCAAUAGAGCAAGGUCGUGACAGGAAUAAAAGUUUCCUUCAGGCCUCAAAACAUGCUGUUAAGAAGAAUACUAGCUGCAAAAAAGCUGGUGAAUCAAGCUCAAGGUCUGGCUCACUAAAGAUCGAACAGCAUCAGCAUGCGUGUAUUCAAAAUGUUGGAUCAGGUAGUCAAUUCCACAACCAUGCUUUUAAGCUGGACAGUAAAUUAAAAGGUUCUUCAGGUGUAGAUAAAGGUUUUUCAAUGGCAUGUGGACCAUCAUACAGUGAACUUGUAUCUUCGAAGGAGUCUCAGACUUCAGUUCAGCCCGAUAUCUGUCAUGCGAACAAUGGACUAAUACAGAAGAAUAAGUCGUAUGCUGGGUCCACAGAAUUGAUUUCUUCUGUCAGGUCGACAUCAAUUUCUACCACUGUAGGUUAUGACAAAAAGAACUGUUCUUCCUCGAGUAGCAUUGUGAAUCCUCCUCAAGAGAAACUCAAGGUCGAAAAGAGUGACAUUAAGAACAGAGGUCAGGUGGAAUGUGAUGCCAAGACUGAGAUCCAAUCUCUUGUGAAGCUCAACCUAAAAAUCCUAUGCAGAGAUAAAAAGCUCG